CCAGGAGGGCCAAGAUGUACCGGCUACGGACAAGAAGGCGGGCGAAUCGCGAGCGCCAGUGCAGGAAGCGACCAAGACGAUGCCGGGACCAGACGGUGCCCUCAGCUGGUUCAUGGCGGCGCUCUGCUUUAUCGUGACCUUCCUCUACAUGUGCAUAUUCCGCACCGCCAGUCUCCUCUACACCUCGUCCAUGACCACUUUCCAAGUGUCAAGAGGGGAAGCAUCGCUGCCCAUCUGCAUCUUCGGGGGCUUCGUGAAUCUCUCAGGCUUGGUAUCUGGGCCAAUGAUUCACUCGUUUGGAGUUCGAAGCGUCGCCAUCUUUGGCGGACUUAUGAUGUCCAUUGGGUGCAUCGUAUCAUUAUUCGCCACCGGAAUCACGUUUCUCGUGUUUUCUCUCGGGCUGAUAUCUGGCACAGGACAGGGUAUACUCUUCAGCUGCACCAUCGUUUGCAUCAACGAAUACUUCGACAAGCGCAGAGGCUUCGCGCUUGGCUUGAACCUCGCGGGAGCGACCAUGGCGUCGUUCGUCUUCCCAAAAAUACUCGAGUUUGUGCUGUUGGAGUACGGACUAAAGGGAACGAUGCUCCUCCUCGGAGGAAUGCUUCUCAACAUUCCGGCAAUUAGCCUUCUUUUUCGUCCACCACCGUGGAUCAAGAACGAAAACAAAACCGUAGUCGAGGUGACAGACGCAUCCAAGGACCCGUACGACGCCUUGGGGAAGAUGUCCAUCGUGUGUUCCAUGAACGCCGACCAGGACAAGUUGUACCUCGAGAUUGAGCCGUCAAACGCAGGACGACGAGGAACUGUGAUUACCAUCGGCGACCACGAGGCGGUUCGCAGAGGAACGGCCAUCAGCUUUGGCGAGAGACCACAUCGGAUCAGGAGAGAGACGGACACGAGCCACACGGAACACGGUUCUUUGCACUCAAGGCGAGGAACCAUAAUCAGCACGACAGAGACCGACACGGUGUCGAGGGACGUGGCGCCGAGCCCUGCCGACGUGCAGAACCAGAACAUGUCCAGAAGAGGCACGUUGCUCAGCGUCGCUGGGUCCCUCGCUCGUGAGUCGGUGCUCGGGUUCGUGGACGCCCAACCGACGAGGCGGGGAACCGUUAUCAGUCUGGGCAACCGAUGCCAAAUUGAGCUUCCGACGGUGCCGGAAGAGCCGCUGAAAAUCCCCCUCCCCAGCAUCCAGGCGGCCCGCCGGCGCACCGCCAUGGACAGUGUCAGAGACGUGCUCUUGAUGCCACGCUUCUACUUUCACACGAUGAGUUACUUCUCGUUCUCCUUCUUCUUGGACGGGUUCCUUACCAUCGUCGUUGACUAUGGAGUGGAUAUUGGAUUGGACAUGACGGAUGCAGUAUACGUCUUAACGUUCUUCUCGGUGACCGACACCAUAGGGAGGAUCUUUGUUCCUCUUCUCACGGAUUACAAGGUGUUCACCAAUACGGGGCUCAUGACCGCCUGCUAUUUUGUGAUGGCAUUCCUAGCUCAAAUGACUCCGUUCGCACAGACUAAAGUGACAUUUUGGGUGGUGACGAUAUUCCUGGGUGCGCCCAUGGGUUAUCUCAUGGUGGGAAUCUCGGAGGUCCUAGCUACAGAAGUGGGCACCAGAAACCUUCCUAUUGCUUACGGCAUUUUGGCUAGUGUGACGGCCAUCGGUUCGUUCUCAAGACCCGUGGUGAUUAGUUUUUUCAGGGACACGUACGGUUCGUACGACGGACUCAUGAGGUGCAUGGGUGGAAUGAUACUCAUGUCCUUCUUUUUUACGGCCGGUCUAUGGCUCAGUGACCCUAUCAAGAAAAAGAAAUCCAAGUUGGACACAACGGGCACUCCGGUUGCCAACGACAACGUUUCACAGUCGGUCAAGAUGUAGAAUAUUCAUACAUUUUACACUUUCACUUUUAGUUCGUUGAACUGAAGUUAUUUUUAACAAAAAAUAAAAUUAUUUAUUGCCCUAGA